UCAGGUUAUAAUAUUGUAGUCACAUGUGCAAUUUUUUAUUUGCCAUAAUUUCAUAUGAUUUUUGGUUAUUGUAUCCUCACCAUAAGAAAGUAGGGAUAUUUUUUGUAGAAUAUGGAGCUCCCAAUCUGAAUGAAGUUGUUUCAGAACCUCCUAGGUCCAACAAUUUCUUGGGACCUUCACGGCGUCGUCGCUACAUUUUAGCCCAACGGAAAGGUCUAAAGGGGCAAGCGAGAAAGAAAGUGGAAGAGAAAGUCCAGGCAAUUUGUUCUGAAUUUCCUGUGUUUGUGAAAGUGAUGAACAAAUCCAGUGUUACUUUCAAAGCAGUACGCGAAAUACACUCUCUGAACUUCUGUGUAGGGUAUGCUUCUGAAUGCCUCCCGGCUGAGCAAAAAUGCCUCCUCCUUCUGCUGGAAGGCGACGAGAGGGAGUGGACUGGUAAGUUGGACAUCUCGAUGAAGGGCUCGAGGAAGGGAAGGAGGUGGAUCCAUGGAGCCUGGAGGAACUUCCUCUCGCAAGUUGGGCUGGAGGAGGGAGACAUCUGCCUCUUCGAGCUGGUAGACAAGAGUGCAGGUUGGAUCACGAUGAAAGUCCACCUGAUCCGCAGGUCGGGGAUGCAGCCAUAGCUCUCGAUCCUGCACCAGUUUCCUUACCUAUCUAUUGUAUCUAAUGUGGCUGUAAAAUCUCUGAUUAAACAUGUUAUGAGAGAGCUUAGCUAACUGAUGAGCAACUUGACCUGUAGAACUUGUUAAACAACUCUUCUGGCAUCUAAUUUGGGAAGU